AAACCAAUUAUCUCUCACCCAACCCCUACUGUCAAACUGAGACUCAAAACCCCUUAAUUUAAUUGUUUAAAACUUGUAUAAUCACCAAUGAAGGAAAAGUGAAACGAUAAUAUAAAAUGGCGUUUUUAGAGUGGCGCCGAUUCAACUUUUUUGAUCUUAAAAAAGAAGUGGAUUCUGGAAAAAUAGCAGAAACACUCGGUACUUCUCGAGUAACUGCUGCAACGAGUGGAAAUGGACAUUUGGUUUUCGGAGACAGUCUAGGAAAUAUUCACUUGGUCAACCGAACCUAUGAAGUUUUGACUUUUCGAGCCUACGAAACUUCCUUAUCUCUUGCUCAGCAAGUUCAACAUUCCACUUUUCUUUUCACAAUUGGCGAAGACGAGCCUGGCUGUAAUCCAACAAUAAAAGUAUGGAAUUUAGCGAAAAAAGAUAAACAAGGAUUGCCAAUUUGUGUCAGAAUUAGCAGAGCAAUUCCAAGUUAUCGAGCCGUUCCAGCAAGCGCCCUGUGCGUUCAUUCCAGUCUCACACUGAUGGCUGUUGGAUUCGAAGACGGUUCUAUUAUGCUCUACAGAGGAGAUUUGACCCGGGAGCGAAAGAACAAAAUAAAAGUUCUCAAAGAUACAAGCACUGCCAUAACUGGAUUGGCAAUAAAAUCGACAGGGAAGCAAAAUCAUUUGUUUGUCGCCACAACGAGUAGCGUUUUUCUUUAUAAUAUAACAGUGAAAGACAAGGAAUUUAAAUCGAAUCUGGACAGUAUGGGUUGUGCGAGAAAAUGCAGCAUUCUUGCGGAAUCGAAACAAGACAGUCAUUUUAUGAUUGGCCGGAACGAUGCAAUUUAUUGUUACACGUCCGAUGGAAGGGGACCUUGUUACGCAGUCGAUGGCCAAAAAAUUAUGCUGGAAUGGUUCAGAAGUUAUUUAGUUAUCAUUGCAAAAGAAGCUGCUAAUGUUUCUAGAACAACGACAAUUUCCGCCAAACCUAGUACGAUAGAACCAAUUCCACCCGGAGCGGAUAAACACAUGAUAACUGUUCUCGAUAUUCAAAAUAAAUUCAUCGUAUUUUCCGCCUCGAUGUUAUCAGUCCAGGCGGUUUUGUCCGAGUGGGGUGGAUUUUUUAUUCUGAGUGGGGACAGCAAACUCUAUCAUCUGGACGAAAAAGAUUUGCAGUCGAAACUUGCUCUUCUUUUCAAGAAAAACUUAUACGACGUUUCGAUUAGGAUAGCAAAGAAUCAACAUUACGACACAGAAGGAUUGGUCGACAUUUUUAGGCAAUAUGGUGACCAUCUUUAUUCGAAAGGCGAUCAUAAUGGAGCGAUAGAACAAUAUAUUAAAACAAUAGGAAGACUGGAACCAACGUAUGUUAUCAGAAAAUUUUUAGAUUCCCAGCACAUUGAUAAUUUGACUACUUAUUUGCAAGCUCUUCACAAGCAAGGACAAGCGACUGAAGAUCACACGACUCUUUUGUUAAAUUGUUACACCAAACUGAACCACACGGACAAGUUGAAAGAAUUUAUUAUGACCAAAGAUAGAGAGGUGGAUUUCGAUGUUGAGAUUGCCAUAAAAGUUUGUCGUCAAGGUUCGCCCGAAGAUGCUUUGCUUCUCGCUCAGAAGCACCAGAAACAUGAAUGGUAUCUUCGAAUUCAGAUAGAAUACAAGGCAGAGUACAAAAAAGCCCUAGAAUAUAUGGCGACCCUCGAUUUUGAAGAGGCGGAGCUGAACAUGAAAAAAUACGGAAGCAUUUUAAUUGAGAACGUGCCGAACGAAGCUACGCAGUUUUUGAAAAUGCUUUGUACGAACUACAAACCAAAUGACAAGACUGUCGACAAAGUUAGUACCGAUUCAAAUGAACAAAUCGAUAGAGGAAAUCCGGAGGAUUUUAUUCACCUCUUUCUAAAUAAUUCCGAGCGUCUAGUGGAAUUUCUGGAGCAUCUGAUCAAAAAUGACGGAAAAUGGAGUACACUUGUUUAUAACACAUUAGUAGAACAUUAUCUGCAUGUCUGGUCUGCUUUAAAAGACGAGAUCGCAAAGCUCCAAUACGAACAAAAAGUCGUUCGUCUUCUCCAAAACUCGAACGCCUGUUACGACAAGGAUCAAAUCUUAAUUCUCUGUCAUCAGCACAAUUUCCGAAGAGGGAUUCUUUAUCUCUACGAGGAACGCAAGCUUUACCAGGAAAUCCUUCAGUAUCAGUUACGAGAAGGCGACAGCGAACAAGUUUUGUCAACUUGUAAUCGAUUUGGUCGUCAGGAUCCAAAUUUGUGGGUCCAAGCUUUAUGGAGCGUCGCUAGAAAUAAAAAAGCACCGCCGAAACUUUUAGCAGACAUUCUUGCGCAUAUUGCUGAGGAAAGAUUAAUGUCACCUUUAAUGGUUGUGGACGCUCUUUCAACUUCACUGACUUGUUCACUGGGAGAUGUUCGUUCUUACCUAAACAGCGUUCUCAGAACCGAACACGAACAAACCCAAGCGGAUGCAAAAUUAACCGAGAAGUAUCGAGUCGAUACGCAGAAAAUUAGGCAGGAGAUCGACAAUAUCAGGACGAAUACAAUUAUUUUUCAAAGCUCGAAAUGCAUCGCUUGCAAUCAGGAUCUCGAGUUGCCUUCAGUCCAUUUCAUGUGCCAGCAUUCGUAUCACCAGCAUUGCUUCCAGAGUUUCUCGGAAAAUGAAAACGAGUGUCCGGCUUGUCUCCCAGACAAUAAAAAGUGGCUCGACAUUAUAAAAGCCCAGGAGCAAUCGAGAGAUCUUCACGAAACUUUCCACAGUCUUCUCGAUCGAGCCGAGGAUCCAUUUUCCCUAGUCGCUGAUUACUUUGGCCGAGGGGUGUUCAAAAAAUUAACAGUUAUCACUGACGACAGACCAACAAGUCAGAAUUCGAAGGCGAAAGAACUGAGCAAUCCUUACAAUGCUUAUGGACCCGGAGCCGAAGCGAAAAUUCGAUUAACCGAGGGUAAAAAUUCAACUCUAGUGAAAUCAGAGCCGCGCCGAGGAAUCGAGGCUUCCCCGAAUCAGCCAAUCAGCAGCGACAUUUUUCGAGCGAUCGCAAAACCGGAUAUUUACUCGUCCUCCCUGGAAGCGAAUAUAACUGGAGGCGGAAGUGGAUUCUCGACUCCAAAAGGGAAUUCGAAAAGAGCUUCCCCGGUGCAAAUCAAGGAGGCGAGGAUCAUGAACAGCAUUUCUCCAAGAUCGUCACCUGCCCAGAAAUCUUUCGUCCCUCCAAAAACGCCGAUCGCUCCCUCGAAUCCUUUCGCGGGCGAGGAUUACGAUGAAGCGAAAAAUCCCUUUGCCGACGAAAAAUACGACGGCGACGAGAAAAAUCCUUUCAAGGACGACGAUGACGAUUACGACAAGAAUUUAAAUCCAUUUGCCAGUUAAAGUGCUUUCGAUUGGAGGACAAUUCAGAAACAAAUGUAUUGAGAGUAGAAAUUUAAAAAAUUUUUGUUUGUUUUUUGUUUCUUUGCUGAAUAUUUGUAAAUAUUGGUACUAUUGAUAGGAUUUUUAUCUGCCAUAUAUUGUAUAAUUAUUGUAUAAAGUAAUAAAUGUAAUCAAGUGUUCCAUUUAAAAUGGAAAGAUUGGCAAUAAAACUUUAGUAAAAGUCUUA